CCCGAAUUGAUUUUAAUUUGUACUCUUAAUAGCAUGUAUUUCCACCGAUAUCUAAAUAAUGGCGACUGGCCAAGCAGAGCAGUGGCUGGGAUUAAUGUCUACAUGCUCAUAUUCCUCGCAAUUGCUAUGGCCACCUCAGCCAAGCCCAUGUGGAAUACAGGUAAAGCACCAGCAUCAUUAUGCGCAGACCAGCUACUUGACGUUGUAGUUAACAAGUAUCAAGCCAAUGGUGAUCUGUGCCCGGCGCAGCUGAACCAGAACAGACCCUGUCCCGCAAUCUGUGUUUAUGAUCUCGCCGAAUGUCCGCGUCCCGUGGCAUGCCCUGAUAACCAGGUGCUAUGCCAUGACGGCCUGUGUCAUGACUCAUGCACUGCCGACGUCAACAUGGCUAACCCAUGUACCUGCAGCUGGAGACCCAGUGCUGUGCCGGCAGCGGCAAGGGAUCUGAUUCCAUGUCCAUUGCUUAAAAAUGUAACUAUUUCGCAGCUGCACCUGUGGAACGCGACGAACCAGGUCCGGGAUGCAUGCAAUGCCGAUGCGCAGAUCAGCAACCCAAGCAGCUUUGGUAUCUGGGGAAACCAGUGGCCGCGGCGCACACGCGACGAGUCUGGCGUACGGGGCGUCUGGGUCCAGUGCCCGAAGGAGCCGCAGCUCAUGUAUACAUUCCGCGAACCCAUGUGGAUAGGUGUGUUCACGAUUCUGCUCGGUUACGUCGGAUUGCUCGGUAUCUGGUAUGCAGUAAAGCUACUCAGCGAGCAUAAUAUAACUAGUGCACUCGACAGCAGGGCUAGUCCAAGCGAUUCGGGGACCAACAUCGACACCAAGGCACUGAAGGUUGCGGUUGGCGAUCAUCAGGGAGGCGAAUUCAGCAGCAGCAAUAUUCGUCUGAGCGGCUAUCGCAACAACGUCUUUGGCACAGCGAUGAACUGGGGACUGCUGGCGCUGGGCGUAGUUUGGCUCGGCUACCUAUUGGCGCUUUCAGCAGAUUUUUACGGCAGUGUACCGGGGAUCGCUCCUGGAGCAGCCUGUGUUCUUUCGCUGGGGGACUGCACGCUCGGCAACCAGACAUUCAUCGUGAUGUGGUGCCUGUAUGUGUUCAUGGUUGUGACCUGCAAUGUGUUCCGUCACCGCCUGCGCAACUUCUUCCGCAUCAAGACAGCACCAGCGGAGGGCACAUUUGUAUGUGUUGAGCGCAAGAUUGACUCGCAGAUAAUGCUGCAAAACGAGCGCAGCUUCUUGGUCGACAAUGUGCGCCGGGUAGCCAACAUACUGAAGCACCAUUUGGGCUGGACGUGGUCGGUAAAUACAUCGCGGCAGCACAUUACCGCGCAUGGCCGCAAGUACUUUACAUACCAGUGCACUCGCUUUGUGCUUGACCAGACCACUGGCGAGUACACACCGUACACUUUUGAUCUGGGAGCCACGAACAGCGACCUUGUCGCCAACAGCCCUGGCCUAUCGACGGCAGAGGCCGAGUAUCGGAUGGAACUGGUCGGGCAAAACUUCAUUGAGGUGUCGGUUCCCAACUGGUUCUUUGCAUUCCUGCGCGAGGUCACCAGCUUCAUUGCAUUGUACCAGCUUCUGGCGCUCUUGCUGUUCAUCUAUGACUUUUACUGGCAGGCGGGCAUUGUCGAUCUGGGGAUUGUGCUGCUGGCGAUGACAUUCAGUACUGUUGUGCGCAAGCUGUCUGAGGAGCGGCUCAAGCGCAUGGCUGAGCAGGACGACCAAGUGAAUGUGCGUCGCAACGGCGACUGGGUGCAGGCAUCGUCACGCGAUCUUGUCCCAGGCGACGUCAUCCAGCUAACUACCGGUAUGCACAUGUCAUGCGACUGCAUUCUGAUUUCUGGAAAUGCUGUCGUCAACGAGUCAUCGCUGACUGGCGAGCCCCUGCCCGUGCGCAAGUUCCCGCUGCGUAAUGAUGACACGCUGUUCAACAUUGAGGCCAACAAGAACAACCAGCUGUAUGCUGGCACAGUGAUCAGCCAGGCGCAGGCGAUCGAGAAAUCGGCUGGCGACAUUUUGGCCGACCAACACGUGCUUGGGCUGGUGCACCGCACCGGCACGGCUUCCGACAAGGGUAAGCUAGUGCGCAAGAUCCUGUUCCCGCAGCCGCUGUCGUUUAUUUUCAACGAGCAGCUCAAGGUAGUGUUCAGUAUUCUGAUCGUCUACGCGCUAUUCUGCAUGGGCAUGGCGAUAUAUCUGUACAAGGGGUCGCCGACAGCGGUGUUCUUUUACGGAAACUUUUGCAUGCUGCAGGCUGUAUCGCCGCUACUGCCUGCUGGUCUGGUUGCAGGCCAGUCGAUGGCGGCAUAUCGGCUGAAGAAGAAGCGCAUAUUCUGUGUCGACCCGCAGCGCAUCAUGAUGGCCGGCAAAGUGCAGAUAUUCUGCUUCGACAAGACCGGCACUCUGACCAAGGAGGGUCUGGAAUUCUACGGCGGCCAGUGCGUGGAUGGCAAUGCCUUCCAGGGAUUUGAGAAUGCCUUGUCUAACACCAGUGUUUUGUUCCAGCAAGCCGUUGCCAGCUGCCAUGCUGUUACCGAUCUUAAUGGGCAGCUGAUCGGCAACCCUGUCGACAUCGAGCAGUUCCGUGCGUCGAACUCUACGAUCGAUCCAGCCCCCAAGUACCUUGACACUAUCAUCCCUGCUGGUGGCUCGUCCUUGGGCAAGCUGCAUGUCGUCCGCCGCUUCGAGUUUGUCCAUGCCCGUGCGUCGAUGUCAGUCGUUGUCAUGGAUGAGAUGACUGGCAAACUGCAUGUCUUUGUCAAGGGCUCGUUUGAGCGCAUCAAGCAGGUCUCAAACAGCGCUUCCGUGCCAUUGGAUUAUGACAGGACUUGUGCUGGGCUGGCGCGCGAGGGCUGCUAUGUUCUGUCGAUUGCGCACAAGCAGCUGGAUGUGACUCUGGAAGGGCUCAAGGAUCUGACCCAGGACAAGAUCGAGAGCAACUGCGAUCUGAUCGGCCUGCUGGUGUUCAAGAACCUGCUCAAGAACGACACAUCUGAUGCUAUUGCUGAGCUCAAGCACGGGUCCACUCGCACGGUCAUGGUCACCGGUGACACUGCGCUUACUGGCGUGUACAUUGCGAGGCAGUGCGGCAUGGUGCCAGCCAACAGCAAGGUCCUGCUUGGCGACAUGGACAAGAAAACGCAUAUGCUGGUGUGGACUGACGUCGAUACUGACGAGGAGGUGGCCGACAUUCGACCUUUAUUGACCGAGCUUGGCAGCGACGGAUAUCCGACCACAGAGCUAGCCCUGACCAGCGCUGCCUUCCAGCACCUGGAAUCGACCGGCGGACUGGCAGAAAUUCUGCUCAACACGCGCAUUUUUGCGCGCAUGAAGCCCAACGACAAGGUGCGGUGCGUGCAGCAGCACAUGGCCCACGGUAUCACGGCUAUGUGUGGUGACGGUGGCAACGACUGCGGGGCAUUGCGAGCGGCCCAUGUUGGUCUGGCACUGUCGGAUGCCGAGGCAUCGAUUGUAUCGCCGUUCUCGUCUAGCAACCGGUCAGUGCACUCGUGUGUAGAGCUCUUGCUCCAGGGCAGAGCCGGCCUGGCUAGCAGCUUCAGCAACUAUCGCGCACUGAUUCUGUAUGGCACCACGAUGACAAUGACCAAGCUGGUGAGUUUUUAUUUCGCGCUGAGCAUGUCGCAGCCCAUCUGGAUGAUAAUCGAUGCCCUGGUGGCUACCAGCAUGGCCAUCACGGUCACGUUCCUGCCACCGGCCAAGAGGCUCUCGCCGUUCCGCCCUACGGCACGGAUAUUGGGCCCCGAGAUCAUGUCGUCAGUUAUUGGUGUCGUUGUCAUCAACUGGGUGUUUAUUGUGGGCGCGUGGGUGUGGCUAUUCAGGCAGCCGUGGUUCCGGUGCCACGAGUUUGACGCAUCAAACACGAACGUGCUGAAAUGGUGGCUGCUGGGUGACAACUACGAGGCGGCCAUGAUGACAUACCUGAUCAUGUACAUGUUCAUCAACAACGGAUUCCUGGUCAACUACGGGUAUGUGCACCGGAAGCCGUGGUUCCACAACCCAAGCUUGAUAGCGGUGUGGGCGGGGCUAAUUAUCAUGAUUUCGUAUGCGCAGCUGGCACCGCCCAGCAGGCUGUCGUGUACGUUCCGGCUCAACUGCGGCGACCCAGACAAGCUGGUCGGGAUGGGAUAUGGGCGGCCAGGGUGGGAGAUCGAAAAGUACAAUGCGGUGGAUGGGCACAACAUCUUGCCUUCUGAUUUCAAGUGGAAGCUGUGGGUGUAUUCGAUCGGCAAUGUGGUGGCAACCAAUGCGUGGCAGACUGUGGUUGUUUACGGGCCGGUGCGCACAUGGCUCCGCAGGAAGCGCCCGCUGCAGGAGGCUCAAGCUCAAGCUCUGAGGGAUAUUUUUUUCUCACGUCAUGCAUUCAUGACGCAAACCAAAUAAUCACAUUCUGCUCUCUCCUGCCGAGAACAAUCGUAUUUUUCUGUUUGUCAUUAUAUAAAAAUCUCCCUAUUCCCACCCCCCAAA